GCCAUAGGACGACAUAAUAGGAUGGUGGUGAUUCUUGGAACAUCUGGAUGUGGCAAGACCCGGACAUGCUUUGAGCUACUGAGCCUCAAGUGGGGCUUGUAUUUUCUUGUUGAACCUGGAGACAUCAUUGGCUCACGAGACUUGGUUUGUGUGAUUGCUUAUCUUCAACAAAAGCUAACCAGAGAUAAAUCAAUGAAUCAUACAUUAGCUCUGGCUGUUGUUCGCUGUGCCCUUCUUUCUCAGCUUCUCAUUUUGGACUACUGCUGCAGAGAGACAUCAUUCAAUCCACAUUGCUGGCUCCUUUUGCAAACCUGUCAAAGACUCUGGGGACUUUCCUACCAUUAUGGAGAGGAUAUUUUCUGCACAUUGACAUUACAGCUCAUCGAAUCCUGUGAAGAUAAAGAUGUGCAAACAGCUAUCAAUACAAUUUACUUAAAAUUUUGCAAUGACAUGUUUCCAAUUGUUCUGGAUGAGGCACAGCUUCUGAGUACAACUCUAGAAAACCAGUUUUCAUCAAGAAACAAGCCUG